AUUUUUCAGAAGAGCCGUGCGAUCGAUUCGAAGAACUAAAAGUUGUCCAAGAGUGAUCUGAGAAUCUAAGUCAAAUUUCUGCCUUACCUGUGGCUGGUGGUAGAUAUUGUAGAUCUUCUAAUCCAUGCAUCUAGAAGUGAAAUGAGGUGCAAUGCUUGUUGGCGAGAAUUGGAAGGGCAAGCUGUAUCAACCACCUGUGGCCAUCUCUUCUGCACUGAAGACGCAAACAAGAUAAUCAGCAAUGAUGCCGCCUGUCCUGUAUGCGAUCAAGUGCUCUCCAAAAGCCUUAUGAGACAAGUGGAUAUAAAUCCUGGCGAUGAAUGGAUAAAUAUGGUAAUGGCUGGAGUUUCUCCACAAGUACUUAUGAAGAGUGCAUAUAGGAGUGUAAUGUUUUACAAUGGACAAAAGGAACUAGAGAUGCAGUACAAAAUGAACAAGAUUAUUGGUCAAUGUCGUCAGAAAUGUGAGGCCCUGCAUGAAAAGUUCACUGAGAAACUAGAGCAAGUUCAUACUGCAUACCAAAAGAUGGCCAAAAAGUGCCAGAUGAUGGAAAAAGAGAUCGAAAGCUUAUCAAAAGAUAAGCAAGAACUACAAGAAAAAUACGCUGAAAAAUCUAGGCAGAAAAGAAAACUUGAUGAGAUGUAUGACAAGUUGAGGAGUGAGUAUGAGUCAGUGAAGCGUUCAUCAGUCCAACCAGCAAACUUCUUUUCUAGAGCUGAGCCAGACUUAUUUUCAAGCAUGGCUAACAUGAUGGAUGGUAGAGCUACCGUUGGACAAGAUCGAUCGGUUUUCACUCCUGAAACUCCAGGUCAGAGAGAGGAAAUAUGGCCCUCAACCAGACAGAAGAACUCCAGCUCCAGUGCCUUUGAUCUUUCAGGAGGCUCACCAGCAAAAACAGCACCAGGUCCUGUGGAUACUGGAACUAGAAGGCAGACAGGGUCUCUCUUUGGAGCUGGUGUGAGGAAUCCUACAGCAACUCUUCGGAAUCUCAUAAUCUCACCCAUGAAGAGACCCCAAUUAUCACGCAACCACCCUCAUAUAUUCACGUAA